UGAAAGUAUUACUUCAGCGAAAUCAAUAUGGCGACUUACACUACAGUAUUUAGUAAAUAAUUUACGCAUAACUAGAAAAAAAGCAGAGAAGACUGUCUAAAUUGUCUAAAUCGAUUUCUUUAAUUAGAUCUAAAUAUCAAGAUGGAAGAGCAAGGUUGCCCUAGAUGUAAAACAACAAAAUACCGUAACCCUUCCUUAAAAUUAUUAGUCAACGUUUGUGGUCAUUCUUUGUGUGAAAGCUGUGUUGAGCUUCUUUUUGUUAAAGGCUCAGGACUCUGUCCAGAAUGUGGCACAUCUUUGCGAAGGUCAACCUUUCGACUCCAAAUCUUUGAAGAUGCUUCUGUUGAAAAGGAAAUUGAUAUUAGGAAAAGAGUCCUUCGAGACUUCAACAAAAAGGAAGAAGAUUUCCCCAGUCUACAAGAAUACAAUGAUUACUUGGAGAUGAUUGAAACAAUAGUGUUUAAUUUAACUAACCAUCAAGACGUGGAAGCCACAAAGAAAAUGAUUGAUCAAUACAAGAAAGAAAAUAAAGACCAAAUCAAGAAAAAUCUGUCGAAACUGAGUAAAGAUGAAGAGUUUCUUGAAACACUGAUAGAACAAGAACAGCACGAAACCACAAUUAGAAAAAUGAUUCUUUUGGAGGAAGAGAAAAAAGAGAAGGCGGCAAAGAGAAAGAGCAAGGAAGCAUUAAUUGAUGCCUUGAUGUAUCAAGACAGACCCGCCCAUGAUAUUAUCAGCUCUCAUAAAGAAUUGGCUCAGCAUGAAGAACUAGAAGCCAAGCGAGCUACUACAGCGUUCUCUACUGGCAUCAAAAUUGGUCAUCGUAGUGACAUCGUCCCAUUGAACAAGCAAGAAACUGCUCAGCUGUAUAGGUAUUGCCCAUUAGUUAUAGAGUGGUGUGGCCCCGAGCCUCCCACGGUGGAUGAACUCUACACAGAUGGUUAUUUGAGGAACAUUCGAACAAUAUCAGAUGCCGAGAGAGCCGGUGGUUUCCGUGAAGCCUUGGCCUGUCACCGUGCCCUGCAGGAUGCAUUCAGUGGAUUGUACAGCUUCCCCAACGUCUCAGCCCCAUCCCCUGCCAAAAGAAAGAGCUUCCCACAAACCGCAGCACAUUCCCCGAUGAUAACCAGUUGACAUGUAAAGUGGUGCGGCUUUUGUGAUACGCUGUUGAGCAUUGGUUGAUUGACAAGACCCUUUGUUUUCCUCUGCAUAGUGGCUGUUGUGAGAGGACAUCCUGUUUAUAAAUAGAUAAUUAGUGAUAUAAAUAUAGUUUUAAUGUUUUUAGUUUUCUCAAAAAUCAAUUAUUUUCUUUUUCAUAUCCAAAUUGGUUUAAUGAAGGGAAAUUCAGCCAUUCAGUGGCUAAUAAAAAAAAAUUUAUGAUUUCAAAAGUGUUAGUGGCUUGGAAAAACAAAAUUAUUCAGAAAUGUUAUUUUGUUCAGCCUUUCAAUAAGUAACUAAACCUAGAUAUUUUUUCGUUCUGAUUUUUUUUUUUUUUACAAACACAAAUUAGGAUUUUCAAAUUUAUUUGACCAUUUUUAAAAGUUUGACUUCUAUCGCCACAGCCUAGUAGCAAACAUUAGGUUAUCCUUAAGAAACUUUUUUAGCAGUGAAUAGUUGGUAUUAUACUUCAUCUCUGAUUAAAUCCAAAACGUUCCCUCCCAUGUGUGCAUCAUUAGUUUAUCUCAAAACUAAUGUAACAUCAUUUCUUCGGUGAUAACACACUCCCACUAAGGAGAAAUCAGUUGGAUCUAAGGGGCUAAACUUUUUUGUUUUUUUUUAAAGCUAGACCUACCUCCAACUUAGCGCCACCAGUGUUUAUUUAAUUUAACACUCUUUUCGUUGAGCAUUGUAAGAAUGUUUUUUUUGAAUGAUUAAGGUGUGAACUAAUUAUCAUUGUAAAUAGAAAUGGCAUUGUUGAGUGUUUUUAUCAGCGUGUUAUGCCAUUUUAAUAAUGGAUGAAAUAAAUAAUAUCAACACUGGAUGCUUGUUACUUGUUGCUUUAUUGGGACAAAGGAUUGGUACAUAUUGCACAGCCUUUGAUGAGUCACAAUAGAAAUUAAAAUGAGCACAAAUACAGAAUGACACUACAAGCAGAAGAAAAAAUUUUGGUUACCGAGUUGAACACUUACAGACUGGUCCAGGCAUAAAUGAGCAACAUUUCACUUCAGUUACAACAGAGAAUAAGAAUUUGAAACUAUACAGGUCACUUCAUGUCACAUCAGGUACCGGUACCAGACUUAAAAUUGACAACCAUAUAUUGUACUUUUAAAUACAUUUGGACAUGGAGAGUGUCACCAUAGAAACCAAGAGAUCGCCUGCUCAUAAUUUGCUCUAGUUAGUCCACUUUUUUUUCUAGCACAUUUAUUGUGUUGGAGGAGGAGCAGACACAAUUUUUGUUUAUUUUAGUUUGGCAAUGAAUUUGCGAAUUUUGUUUUUCUUUUCAAAACAUUCAGAUUUUUGUCCCCAUGUCUUUUAUAUUUUAAACUUUGAUUUUAUUGGAGAUUGUAGAAAACACAGCAAAAAAAAAGUCUUUUCUGAGUGUUUUGGGAUGCAACUAAUUAUUUUUACCUUGGACUAAGGGUUUCAAAACAUGUAUAUAACAAUGAAUUUCAAUCAAUUUUAGUUCUAGUAACUCUUUACAAGGAGAAACAAUAAAACAACAAACCCCGAAUUACCCUCUAGAUCUACUAAUAGUAAUAUAAAACAUGGUCAAUGGAGAUAAUGUGGUUGACCACGCAUUAGCCACCUAACAAGGGGGCUCGAGGUUAAAUCCUGACUAAGAGAUGUGCUUACAAAUUACCUAAAGGCAGCAUGGAAACUUUCUCCCAGAAUUCUCGACUCCCCCCACUGGUCCACAAAAUAGAUUGGACCACCGAGCAUCCUGUAAGUAUGAACGAUGCGCCAUAUCAAAGCAAUUUUUUAAAAAAUGAGCUGCUUACGAAAACUAAUUGUGUCUGUUUGUAUCCGCUCUUGUAGUUGCUAAGACAUUCCACAAAGCAAUGAUUAGAGUAAGCAGCUUAUUCAGGUAAUCAACAGAAUGCUGAAAUUUAUAAAUCCCAAUUUUUUUUUUACACAUCAAAUCCUUUAGUAUAUUAUUUCUAAAACACAAGUAAUUCCAAAGACUUUAUUAUGAGUAGAUCACCAUGUGUGUUCAUAAAGCCAUCGACUAUAAAAUAAGGUAAAACUGUACAAUCGGCGAAGAUCACUAAAAAAAACUUGUCACCAACAAUUGAUGGAGACAAAACACCUAAAUGAAAUAUCUCUGUGAUAAGACUUAACAAUUUCUAUUCAUUAUUGACAAAUUGAUUGCAAUCAAGUCAAAAGAAUCAUCUUUGUUCAACAAAAAAAAAAAAAAAAAAGAAA